AACUUUUUUCCUCACAAAAAACUCAGGUGAAAAGACUGGAAACGGUUGGUGGAGAGAAAAACAAGCUUAAAAUCCGUUUGUACCCAUAUUGUGAUCAGUAGCCCCACUACAAGCUGACCAUAUUUGUAUUUGUAUAAGCAGGCAACAUGAGAGAUCAAACAAUCCUUUUUGGGAGUGGGAGGAAGGUGGGUCUUCUUGCAAAGUUUCAGUAAUCAUGCCCACCUUUCCCUUCUCUUUCCCGCACCAAUUCUCACCGGAACUUACUAUUUCUCUGCAAAUCCACCUCCCAAACACUUCACUCGGUGCUUCUAUUCCAUUGCAUUACCACUCAUGAAUCUCUUUCCAUUCAUUUUCCUUUCCUUUCUGAUCCAUUAUGGCUCUUCUGAGUCUAUCAUUCACAUUGGUUACCAGCUUCUGUUGGCAGUUCCGGCAGAAUAUCAUAUGGGUUUCACCGGGAAAGCAUAUGUUUUACAGACGAAUCAAACUUCACCAAAUUUCAGGUUAGCUUUAGCUGUUGAAGCCAUUGAUGGGAAAUAUUCGUGCUCAUUACAAAUUUUUCUCGGGGAUGUGAAGGUGUGGGAUUCUGGCCAUUACUCAAGGUUUUAUACGACUGAGAAAUGCUUGCUAGAGCUUACCCAAGAUGGAGAUUUGAGGUUGAAAGGUCCAAAAGAACAAGUGGGUUGGAGGGCUGGGACUUCUGGGCAAGGUGUGGAGAGAUUACAAAUACUGAGGACGGGAAAUCUGGUGCUUAUGGAUUCACUCAACAAUAUAAAGUGGCAGAGUUUCAAUUUUCCAACGGACGUAAUGCUUUGGGGGCAGAGACUUAAUGUGGCAACACGCUUGACAACUUCACAAAGCAACUCAAGCUUUGUCUACUCUUUUGAAAUUGAAAACAAAAAGGUUGCUCUGUGCUUGAAUACUGAUAAGUUGAAGUAUUCUUACUGGGAAUUCAAGCCUUCCAUGAACAGGAAUAUCACUUACGUUAAGCUGGGUUCAAAGGGGUUGGAUUUAUUUGAUGUCAAAUACAAGAAAAUAGCACGAAUUCCAUCUCCGAGGUCUCACCCAAUAAGAUUUUUGGCAUUGAAUAAUGAAACAGGAAAUUUGGGGCUUUAUUACUAUUCAGCUGAGAAGGCUAAGUUUGCAGCCUUUUUCCACGCACUAAACAGCACAUGUGAUCUUCCUAUUGCAUGUGGUCCUUAUGGAAUAUGUACAUUCUCUAAUGCCUGCUCGUGUAUUCAGCUUUCGACAAAGGAAAGUGGAGGAAGUUCUGAAUGUACUGCGGAAAUUUCUGGUGGAUUCUGUAGUGGGAAACAGGCAGAGAUGCUUGAACUAGAGAAUGUGGGUAGCGUGCUCAAAGAUGACAGUACUAGAAUGGUAAAUAUUAGCAGAGAAGCAUGUAAAAAUCUGUGCUUACAAGACUGUAAAUGUGCUUCUGCUUUAUAUUUCAGGCAAAAAAGCAACGGUGUGCAAGAAUGCUAUCUUUACAGACUAGUCCUGGGACUGAAGCAGGUAGAUAAAGGUACAGGAUUUAGUUAUAUGGUUAAGGUUCCCAAGGGAACAGUUGAGAAUAAUAGUCAGCAUAAUUUGAAAAAAUGGGUAUUCAUACUUGUUGGAGCUAUUGAUGGACUUAUCAUUCUAGUUGUUGUUGGAGGAGUUGGGUACUGGGUGGUCCAAAAGAGAAGUCCUAGGUCGCAUUCUGAGGCCGCCACUUCAUGAGCACAUGAAAUUCCAGGUUUCAUUUCUGAGUUUAUCUGUGAAAAAAGAGGAUAGAAAAAUCAUUUAAUAUACUAGUAAACACAAUUUUGGUUGAUUCCCACAAACUGACAUUCAUAGAUCAUCCAACUAACUGAAAACCAUUGAUGAAGAACAAAUGUAGAGUAUUUCUGAAUACUCUUGUUUGAUUUAUAAGUUAUGACAAUAGGCAACGCAAAUGUAAGUUUUCCUGCUUUUGUUUUGCUUUAUAUUUUUUGCUCCCUUUGAGAAUCCUAUCAAUUCUGCAUAAGUACUUCCUAAUCCUUUUACAGUGCUAAGGGCAAUCAUUUAACUUAUACUUCCUCUGUAUUAUAAAAGCAUGUAGCCAAGUUUCUCUAACAUGGAAUGCUUUGGCUAGCAUGUGGGUUUUGUUGCAUCUGCGUCCAUCCUUAACAUUCCAUUUAUCGUGGAAGUAUGGACUUAAUAUGUUGAGGUUUCUUCGUCAGUCUUAGAAGGUCAACUCAAUAGCUUUUACAGUUGCUGUCCCCAAAAUUGUGCCUAACUUAUGUAAGUUUACCUCGAACUCAAAACAUAGUUCACCAGCAGGUUCAAUUAACUUUAAGAAACUGUUAGAAUGAAAUUAGAACUUUGUCAAUUGACAGCAAGCAUUUGUAGGAGCUAAUAUGGUUUACCCUAAGUAGCACUUUUAUAGCAUUUACUCCCGCUGCAUAUCAUUGUGUCAGAGGUGGAAACAUCAUUUAUCUGACACCGACCGCUGCAAGCAUUUCAGCUUCAAACAAAAAAAUAAUUCUUACGAAAAACUUGUACAUCUUUAGUACAGUAUGAGUGAACUUUACAAAGGUGUCUACAGACAGAACCAGGCAAGAAUUACAAAGGUGUCAACACAAUGGUUUAAAUGAGAAUACAUAGAAUAAAUGUAUGACAAGCUUUUACUUCCAUGCAUGACAUGCUACUGUGGUGUAGGACAGCAUUUACAGAACCAUUUAGCAUGUUACACAUCCAUUUUAGUUCAGAUUAGCAGGCAGAUCAAAAUUGUCUUACUCUAAAAAUAAAUGAAAAUAAUAGUUCUUAUACUAGCAUCUUGAGAAAGUUUAAGAGCGUGACAAACACCUUCAGUUACGGAAAUAAGCUUGCUUAUCUUCUCAUUUAAACCAACUAAACAUACUUCUGAGAUACACCACAAACUGUAUCCCGAGGUCAUUGUUAUUGUAAUGCCCGCUCUGGAUGUUCACAACUUCACAUUCAACCAAAGAAAAAGGGUUGUCAGCUCUGACACGUUUGGAAGGGAAGAACCAAGCAUGCUGAAGAACUGGGGCAAUAAAGCUAUGAAUUACAAUUGAUAUUAUUUUAGGUGUCGUAGAAAAUUUAUAUUCUGAUUGAACUAUUGUAUCUUGAUAAUAUAUUCACGAAGUUGUCAUUAAAUUGAAGAAUGUAACACUUCAUCAAAUGUGACUUUAUUGACUUUUGUUUCCAAAGAUGGGCAUAUUCCAUCGUCAUAAUAUCUGUAAGGCUGAAUGUAUGAGUAAUUGGGUAUGAUCCUUAAAAUA